AUGGAGCAGAAGCUGCAGGAAAAACAGUUGAUCCUCAGUGCAACACAGGCAAGCCUGACGGCAGAGCUGCAAAAUUUACAGAGCCUGGGAACACAGCGGGAGAGGGAGCUGUGAGUUUAUUUUGUUUUGAAUAAUAACCUCCUAACCUUACUAUGCUGUAUACAUUGUAUUGUGAUCUGAAAAAAUAAGCCAUCCCCGUACUGUGUCCUGUAUCCUACAGACAAUGUCCUCUAUUUAAUAACCUUCCAAAUGAAUCAAUACUGUUGAAUAAACUUCCCAAAUUAUGUGUCUACAGAUGUCACCAUUAAUGUCUUUGGGAAUUUCUGCAGAUAAAACAUUUGGAAGGUUUUUCUAACCGUAUCAAAUAAUUUCGAAAGCUUAAUAAAUUGAGGCCUCUAAGUUGAUUGCUAUAGGUAUUACAUUACAGAGACUAAUGGCAAUGUAAACUACAUGUUGGUAAUACUUACGACCAAAUGUAAUGUUUUGUAGAUUUGUAAGAACAACCCCCCCCCCCCAUUUGACACUUUGCUCAAUAAUAUCUGGAAAGUAGAGGGCUUUAGAGUUGGUUCAGUUUAAUAUGGAGUGUGGUCAUGCUGUUGGUUGAGUCCUAUGAGUUUCAUAUAGUAUGUGUUUUAUUUAAGCAGUGUGUAUGAAUUGAGAUGCUAUAUAUAGUAGUCUUUAAUAUUCUCAGCUUUACUAAAGUCUACAUCUUUUUGCAUGUAUACAUUAAUCAAUAAAUGUAUUAUUAUUUAAUUAUUGAUGGUUAGCGCAGAACCUCACUGGAGACCUGAUAAAAUUAAUAUCCUGGGUUGGAAAUGUAAUAUGUUAGAUAUGUGUAUGAGUACUUUCGUGUUGGGAAUCCUGGACGCACAAUGUUUUUUAGUUAGAGAAUGCUUAACAUAGACUCCGUGUCAGACUAGUGAGCAGUAAAGGAUAUGUAAGGUUGACAGCUAUACUAAUGCUCCAGAAGUAUAUUUUAACUUGAAAUUUUGAUUACAGAUAGACUAAUGAAUGAAAUGGAUAAGUUCAGGUCAAUGAGAUUCCUCGGUUUAGAGUGAGAUUAGGCAGGUGAGCUAGAUGAUCAGUAAAGAGGACCAUAGUGUACAGCAGAGAGAAUACCAGGAGAUAAGAUGUGAAAUGUCAGAAGGUGGCUGCAAAGCUUAGUAAGCUAUUCUGAUUUUAACUGUAAAUUGAGAAUAGUGGUCAAAUUGUGUUUUUGCUGAGACAAUAAUUUGUACAGUAGAAUUUAAAAUCAAAUAGAAAUUUAAAAUGAUUAGCAUUGGAAUAUUAGUUGAUAUAAUUCUCCAAUAUGAGGUUUUCAGAAGUGAUGAUCCUUCCACCUGACUACAAAUUAAACCUCUCUUGCACUGCAUUUUCCUGUAUGUUACUAACUCUCCCACAAUAAUUACUAAUUAGAGAGGCCCUACGUGCGGAGCAUACUGAGUGCCAGAGGAAGGCAAUGCAUGUAGAGCAGAAAUUUGCCGUACAGAAGGAGGUGCAAGAGUCAACAAUUACACGCCUUAGGGGUGACCUGGACUGUGCACUCAGAGAUAGAGCUGCGUUGGAAAAUGAGAAGUCUGAAUUGCAAGAAGAGGUAGUGCUAUCAGAUAUGUUAAUAUACAUAUGUGCAUACAUCAUGGGUUUUCUCAGUUUAGUCUUACUGAGCACUCACAUUUGAUUGAUCAUUAAAGUGCUUCAUUGUUUCCUAUUAAACUCUGUGAUUAUAGCAUAUAAUAGAUCAAAUUAGGUUAACCGUUGUAUAGUAAGAGACCAACAAAAUAGAACAGUACCAGGUGCAACUACACCCAUAGACAUUAACUGAAGUACCCUGUUUAAGGAUAAGGUAAGUGGACAGUGAGAAACAAACAGAAGAAGGAAUACUGCUCAUGAUCAAACAACUGGAUAGCAAGGUAAAGGUCUUAGGAACUUGGGAAAAGGCAUACUGAACAUGGGAUGAAGACCAUGAUUAGUGAUCAAAAGCCUAAACUCAAGCAUAAAGUAGAUAGCAAACUAGAUAAUACCCAGAAACACAGCAGAGAUAUUUGUAAGGUCAAUAUUAGAUAAUAUUGUUGGGAACCUCAGUAAGAUGUUUAUCUUGUGGGGUUAUGAAUACAACAUCCAUCUCAAGGCACUCAAAUACAGUAAAGGAUGACUAUUUUUAUUAGCAUUUAUAUUGCCCAAGAAUUUUCUGCAGCACUUUACAAUUCAGAAAGAAGAUAUUUGAAGAAGGCCCUGCUCAAAUAAGUUUACAAUUUCUGAAAAUUUGAGGUAGGCAGAUAUAUAUUGUUUGAUGCCUUGCCAGGGAUAUUUAGUGGUGAGGUGGUUUAACCAGGAUUCCACCUAGGUUCUAAGUGACAUUACCACUGCUCAAACAAAUACUCUGCACUCUCGACAAAGGCAUGAAAGGGUUCAAAUGCUCUCUUAUCAUGGUGACAAGUAAAAUCCCAGUAACAAAAUAAAACCAAAUAGUGACCUAAUGAAACCCUUCAAAUUACAUGGAGAAUCACAUUAUUCUUUAGCACUAAAAGAGCUAACUGUUUGUAUUUAUUUUUAUUUAUUUUUUAUAUAAAUACACUUGUUAAUAUGUUACAUGUAUUUUAUUGAAAGUAUGACAUGUAUUACUCUUAUGAUUGAAGGUCAGACUGUGUCACCUGACUGUCACAUAUGUUCCUCAAUUUUACAGAUGGUUAAAAUUCAGGGUAAUUUCCAAGAGAUAAACCAAAACCUGGAAGUAGAGGUGGCUGAGAAAAAGGUAAUAUUUCUGUAACGAGUACCGUAUAGUUACCCCUCUGAGCUCUAUAUCCACUUAAACAUUUCUGCUAUUAUCUAUUUAAUAGUUCACUAUGCUGCAUAAAAUGAAUAUAAUUGAUAUACACCACUAAUCUGAACACGGAACCUCUAACAUUGGGGCUGUAGAAAUAAUAAACACACUUAUCAUAAUAUAUCUGAAUGAACCAAUGUCAAUUCGUUUGGUUAUAAAAAUCCUCCAAGAGCCUAGAGAGAAGGAAUGCUCAAAGGAUAUGGGGACUGGAUGAUGUACUAAGGCAUGGAGCAGAGAUUGUAUUUUAUUCCCAAAAGCUAUAGAGGUGUAAUAAUUGCUCCAUUGCUUUUCAGGGUGUUUAUCAAGAUUCCAAGCUCAUUCUUGGUUUUUUUUGUGUUCCACUCUGUCACUGAUUCACAUUCCUGAUUGGUUUCCUUGGUUUGUGGUUUCUUCUUUGUUGGUAAUUUAAUACUUUAGCGCUGAUAUCUCUAACUCCUAUAUCCGAUCUUCUAUCUUACUAUUUAGUUAGAAUUGGCGUCAGUUCAGAGUGCUUUAUUGGUUCAAGAACAGGAGAACAAGCGGCUCAUGGAGUGUGUAGCAUUACUGGAGCAGGAACAGGUAUACAUAAUGUUCUAAUGUCUUACAUGCAUAUGUGUUGAGGCCCAUGCUCUGUCACUUCCAAUUUUACUUGUAGCUGCUUUCACAUAUGUCAGUUUCACACAUCUUCUCACAACCACAACCCAUUGUCCUGUACCUCCCUGUUGUAUUUUUUGUGCUUUUUCUUUCCUAGCUUUAGAUUGUAAGUUCAUGGGCAGGGCCUUCUACCUUUUUUAUGGGUGUGUUUAUAUUGCAUUGUUUUCCCCAUUGUACAGCGCUGCGGAAUAUGUUGGUGAUUUAUAAAUGCCAGUAAUAAAUAAAUAACUAGCGUGUUCUACGUACACUUUCAGAGAGCAUUGAAGACAACCCUCUUAAAUAUCAUCUAUGUCAGGGCUUAACAUUUUUAUUCGACACCGUUGAUUAUGCUCUCCAAACUCUUCAUCACUCAGUCUCUUUGACUCUGUCGUCUCGUGGCUCUCCUCUUAUUUCUCCCAACGCUCAUUCAGUGUCUCCUUUUCUAAUGAUACCUCCCCAUUUCGUCCUGUCCUUGGUCCCCUUCUAUAUUCUCUUUAUAUUGCCUCUCUCGGCAAACUUAUUACCUCAUUUGGAUUCCACUACCACCCAUACGCGGAUGACACUCAGAUAUAUCUCUCCUCCCCAGAACUCAACCUGCCGUCCUGCAAUGUGUCACUGCUUGCCUUUUUUCCAUCUCUGACUGGAUGUCCUCCCACUUUCUAAAACUCCAUCUCUCCAAAGCUGAGCUCCUUGUCUUUCCUGCUCCUAAUUCUGAUCCUCCUCUUUCGCUCUCCCUUCAAGUUAUUGGUAUCCACUUAAGUCCAUCCUUGCAAGCGCGCUGUCUUGGCAUCAUACUUGAUUCUGGCCUCACAUCCAGUAUGUUGCCAAAUCCUGUAGAUUCCAUCUUAAAAACAUAGCCCACAUCCACCCGUUUCUUAUGCAAGAUGCUACCGAGGAGCUUGUCCAUUCUCUAGUAAUUUCCCGCAUGGAUUAUUGUACUAUAGUCUGUAAGAAUGCUGCCGCCAGACUGAUUUUCCUCUCUAGUCGGUCCUCUCACACCUCACCCCUCUGUCAGUCCUUACAUUGGCUUCCUGUAUCCAAUAGGAGUCAAUUCAAAGUACUAACCCAUACCUAUAAAGCAUUGAACAAUUCUAGCCCCUCCUAUAUCUCUUCACAGAUCCACAGGUAUGCCCCUUCCACUGCUUGCACCUGUACACCCAACUAACGCUUGCAGGACUUGGAAAAAUCUGCCUACCGCCAUCAGACUCUCCCCUAGUCUUCAAUCAUUUAAGAAGUGCCCUAAAAACCUAAAACUUUAGGGAAGCUUGUGGCCUCCCAUACCUGUCUUUUGCUGUCUCCUAAAGGGCAGCACUUUACUCUCUCCUCCAGCUCUGCUUCACUGCCACCUUAUUUGAUUGCUAUUUUCUGUCCUAAUGUGUUUUACACCCCACCUCCUAUAGACUGUAAGCUCGUUUGAGCAGGGUUCUCUUCAAGCUAUUGUUCCUGUAAGUUUUUUGUAGUUGUCCUAUUUAUAGUUAAAUCCCCCCUCCCAUAAUAUUGUAAAGUACUACGGAAUCUGUUGGCGUUAUAUAAAUGGCAAUAAUAAUAAUAAUAGCUAGGACUGUUAAUCUUUAGAAAUUACUUUAAAACUUAACAGUGGAUGGUGCCAGGGAUCUCUAGGCAUCAUACAUUUUUUUAUUUUUUUAUUUUGUUUUUUAAAUUCUUUAUUUAUGCAGUGCAGAUUUAAACUUACAAGCUUGCAUAGACAUUUUACAAGAGCAUAGCCGACAGUAAGAAGGUAGAGAUGUAACAAUAAAUGUAUAUGGUACUGCGCUUUUUUUUUUUUCUUCUUCAAAUAUAGAGUAAAUAAGAAGGCAAGUAAAAAGGAAAACAAGAACAAUACAUGGGAAGCACAGCUCUAAAAAGAGUGCAACAUGCUAUAGAGUAGAACUGUAGUUACAAGAGGAGAAAACAACUGUGUGAUCAGUAUCAAUUAGGGCAUAAGAGCAGAGAGUCCAGACCCCAGCAUAUUUUGUACUUGAAAAAGUUAUCUGAAAACAUGAGAUCAAACUCUAGCAAUCAUAUAAUAAAAUCUAUUUUGCUGUAUAUGAGAAGCAUAGCCUGCUCAGCCAAUGCCCUUAGAGGGAGGGAUGUCUUUGUAGUACUUGAGUCCAUGCAAGAUAAACAGGUUGCCCCACUGGACUUUGGCUACCCCAUUGGUCGCUCUCUCCACUCGCAUCUCCUGCUCCGCAACACCAUGUGGGGGAUAUCUGAAUGAGGUCUCUUUUUGCUGCACCGUGGAGGUGUCAAUAGUGUCAAUAGUGUCCCUUCUAAUAAUUUUCUCUACUUGGGCCCGUCUUUUGCACAAAUUGCUGACAACUCCAUUCCUUCACAUUCCCUUUUGAUGCACUUGCUCUUAGUACACAUUGUCAUGCUUGGUCACAGAAUGUACGUUGGAAUAAAAAAUAAAAAAGUCUCAGAACCAGUUUCUUGCUCAUUCUCUAUUGACUCAUCUUUUAUGAUAGUUUAGAUUUUUCAUUAUUCUUUAUAUUUAGGGCACUGAUGGUUGAGGUUGGCAUCCUAGAUGCUUGUCAAAUAAGUGCUAACUUAGCAUAUAGGGAAAUUCCCAAAUGUAUGAGAUGCCACUCUAAACCCUUUGCUUCCUUGGAAAGGUUUUUAAAUAUUUGGUUGUCUGUAUUCUUCUGGUUACUCAGCAUUCUCGUAGACAAGUGGAAAUGUUACUGAAUGAGCUGAUGGAGAGCAAGAAUAAACUGGCGUAUGAAAAGGGAAAACUACAGGUGAGAUCUUUAACAAAUCAAUGUUAUUUAAGGAUCGUCUGAUUUUACCAUAAACUACAGCUAGGGUACUCUAUAGCAUGGAUGGCUAUCCUUAACAUUUGUAUUUUUGAACACAUGUAGAACUAGCUUUUUGGAUGUCCAGGUUCUCUAGGCAUGUUAAUACAUUUCAGGGUUUUCAUUACAGUUAGAGUACUAAAGAGAUCCCGUAAUUUGCCAUGGUUUAGUCGAAACUCUAGAUGAGCUUACAGGACUUGUGAUGUUUUUAGCUGGUAUUUAGAUUACUUAGCAUUCUAUUUUGUUUGAACAUAUUUUGCUUGUUUCAUCAGAGCACUGUAGAACAGCUAAAGGCAGAGUUACAGUCUCUUGGUGAUGCUAAUAAUGAAAACUCCCAGCUUCGCAAACUCAAUACUGCCCUGGAGACAAAAUACACGCAGGUGAGCAAUAUGCAUGAUUACCAGAACCUUUUGUUAGAAUUUAUUAUUGUGGUAAUAACUGAUGGGAUGCUUCUUAUCCAGGCAAACGCAGAACUUGGAUCUUGCCGGAUUCGCCUACAGAGAGCAGAAGCUAGACUUCAGCAGGUAUGGAGUACUGGAAAGUCAGUCUCUUUCAUCAUGGAGAUCACCAAAGUCCUACUAAUGCCAUGUGAUAGACCUGUGUAGUAGUCAAAUAAUGUAUGUUUUUUUAAAAAUGCUUGAGUUGUUUAUACAUGUUGUUAAUGGAUGCAGGCUCAGUCAGUGUUACUUCGUAAGGAGGAAGACUUCACACUUGCUAUUAAGGCCAGGGAUGAAACUCUGAAAGAAGAAACAAGAUUGAGAGGGCAGUUGGAAGUUGCAGAGGAGAGAGAGGAGCAAAAUGUGAGUAUUCCUCCAGUCUAUUUUUUACACCUUUCUUUCCAUCCAAUGCAGCUUAUCUUGUAUCAUUGUAUUUCAUUUCACUUUUGGUAGCCCCGGUGUUUUCUUCUACCUGCUGUGUAUUAUAUCCAUUGGGAUUGGUUUUGUUUUAUCUAUGCUGUGUUAAAUAAAUCUAACCCGUGCUUCCCUGGUUUUGCAUACUAUAAUCUUUGCAAUUACUUUUUUAUUUAUUUUUUUAUUUAGUUUUGAUCAAAAUUCCAAGCAUAACAUAUUGUGCACAUAUAUAAAAUGGCAAAAAAAAUAGAGUUGUAGUAAUGGCUAGAUAAUAUGUGAGGCAACAUUAAUCUUCUAAAGGAUUGCUGUCAAAACAGCAUUACAGUAACAUUAAAUCUGCAGGAAUAAAGCAAAAAAGUCAGUUUAUGCGAUAGGAGAAAAAUCUUAUUGAAAAACACUUCUCGUCCUGUAUUAGUACAUUUAACAAGUCAAGUAAAAGAAAAACUAUGUGCUGGUACUGCUCAGGGCACAAACAAAAGUGGUUGGUAUAUUCCAUUGUAACAUAAGAGUAGGCAGCUGAGAAUCCGUGGGUAAUCCCACGUAUUCCAGUAUGUUGGAGCAUCAGAAAACAUGGUGAUAGUAGUGAAGUGUCCAUCUUUUUCAGCUUGGAAAUGCUGAGAACCCCACCCGUAUGAUACCUCCUAGUCUCAUAAGAUCUUUGUAAAUGGUUGAAAUGCAUGCCUCCAUUGAACCCUGUGCUAGGAUAAGUCUCAGAAAAUGAGCUGUGACUCUUCAAAAACAAUGGAAGGCAAUUUGUUCAGGGAUUUCUACAUAAUUAUUUGUAGCCUUGCUGCAGCUCCCGAAUAGCUUAAUCAGUGGCAGUCUGUGGACAUGGACCCUCAGGUCCUCCUCCUCUACAACUAUGCACCCUGUCAGUGCUGCCACCUGGUACUGGAUGAUCGCCAUCUUGUGGAUGUCAUUAAAUAGAGCUCUAAUGUCAGCCUCAGUUAAUGGAGCACUGUCAUCAGACAUUGAGUUGUAAAGGUAAAAUGUCAAUGGCCAAAUGAGCAUCUUCCAUAUCCUCCUCCAAGCUGGAGUCAUCCAUGUAGGACAGAGUCGGGAUUUGGCACAUGCCAUUUUAUGAAAUGGAGACCCCUGCAUCUGCCUUAUCAGCUUCACAUUAUCUUGAGAACACAGAUCCAGAUCAGUCCUAUGUUUUUUUUUGUUUUGUUUUUAGAGUGCAGACCCAUGACUCACUGAAGAUGUGAGUACACCUUAGGUAAAAGAUCAACAGGAUUUGUAGGAAUCUUAGCGUUUUGUGGACAUGCGUUUAGUUUGGAUAUGCACUCCUUUGCAAUUUUAGUGUCUCUUUAUGGUUUGGUCAUUAAUUCAAACUAUUAUUGUAGACUACAUUCAUCUUCCUAUUUGUUUUCCUUCCAUCUAAUGCCCACAGUUUUCUCCUGUCACCCUAUUAUAAUGCACAUAUAAUCUGUAAAAUGUAUAGAUGUCGGCCAUGCAACAGCAGUUAUCCGAAGUCCGAGAAGAGAGGAACAGGAUGUCCAGUAUGUUGGAGAAUGUGGUGACCUCACAUACACAGCUCCAGCAAGAUCUAGAAAAGCUGCAGACAGAACUUGGACAUAGGGACUCCAACAUUGCUGCAUUACUCAAAGAGAGGUAAGAUGCAGUCAUAAACUAAACUUGGACUAGGCAGCACUUCAAUCAAAACAUCAGUAUGUGAUAAUUGGGUUCCUUGCUCCCAGUGUAUCCUUUCACAUCUCUGUCCGAUGUCACGGGUCCCAGCUCUUGUUCCAGUCAAAUGCUUUAUAGAGAAGCAUUUGAUUGGAUCAUUUCACCAUCUCAGAGUGCAUGCAUGUGCUCUGAGCCGGGUAGAGAAGGGAGGAACUGGGUAUGGAAUAAAGGGAAGGUGACUGCCUCCCCUCCCUAACCCCUCCAAAAAAAAACAUCAAGGCAGGAGGGUGGCCUGCAAGUGAUAAGCUCGUUAUUUGGCAAUAGUGUAGGAUACCUACAGAGUUUUAUUUCUUUAGGCAAGGAUACAACAGGAGUAUUUUGGAGAGUGGAGCUAGUAAACGUAAUUAUAAUAUUAAGUCUAGCGGAUCGAUGGGUAACAUCAACAUCACUGUUUUACAAUAUUAAGAGCUCAUGUCUAAUUCAACUUGCCAAUUCCUUCAUAUUUGUUCUGUUCUUAACAGGGAUCACUGCCAAAAGCAAAUAAAGACACUAGAGGGUGAGCUGUCGGAGUACCAGGCAAAGCUACAGUCCAUCGAAUCCCAGAAACAUGCACAGGUGCAUAUAGUGUAAUUUGUAUGAUGCAGAUGCAUACAUUGCUAGAUAGUUGGAGUAUGGUUAUAACUUUGCAUGCCAUAGAUAGAUAAAUAGGUCUGCUGAGACAUUUGAUUCCUUUUAAACCGGGUUAUAACUGCAAAUCACUUGUCAGUUCUCCACAGGAUGGUGGGGGAGGGGGGGGAAAGGAGACAGCUAUACUUAUUUGCUAUACUCUCUGGAGGAGAGCGCUAACCACUGGGAGCUGGAUCCAGGGCUUGGGUCCAGGGUGGGAAGAGGCGGCGAGACCCCAGCCAAGGUGAAGUUCUUAUGGUGUCCUGGCUAAGUGUUUAUGGUACUCAGUGAUAACUAGGAAGCGUGUUUGAAGGAGGUAUCCAGUCGAGGUGCCAGGCGGUCUGCCACUGGUUGGUUUUACAUACACUAGGAAAUUGUUAUUUAAAAUGUUUGGAGGAAUUAUGUAGUUUUGUUGCUAGCAUUGUUUUAGGAGGAAUUAAGUGUUUGUACUGUUGUAGGAAAUUGGGGUGGGGGGAGAAGAUUGUAGGAAUGGAGAGUGUUUGUGCUGUUUUCUUGUCUGUAAUUGUCCUUGUCUGAGUUCACUUCCCAACCUGCCUUUGUUCCUGAGAAGAUUGCACCACUGCACAGAGCUAUGGAGGUGGCACAUGAGGAUAAUAAGACACUCGCACAUGCUUUGGAGCAGGCUCUACAGAAGAGCUCCAGCCUUCAGAUCCGCUUGAAUGAGCUGGAGAAGGAUUUGAAAAGAAAGGAGUUUCAGGAGCAGCAGAUGGAAAUUCUUAGGUACUAGGUUUAUAAAGUUAUCUGUAAAUUUACCCAAAUGUGUGUGUUACCGUACACGCAGCUCAAACACUAAAUAAGUGUCAUGCAAAUCUAGUGUUUAUCUAUAUACAAGAUAUAUACAUAAAACUACUACUAAUAAAUGUGCACACACUAAUGUAUGGUGUAUAUUAUAAUUACUUAGAAUAUCAUCUAAAACUCCUGGAUCUGUGUUAAAAAUAAACUUCUAAGGCUAGUAAGUCCUGAGUGGUACUCUAUCAAUCUGUGUUUGUGAGUGUUCAUUCAAAUAUUUAUUUAUUUCAUUUUUUCUCUCUCUCUUAUUUACAAUAUUGCACUUGGUUUGUUUAUGCUUUUAUGUUUUGUUUUUUUUUGCACAAAUCCAGGAUAUAUAAGCAAGUCUAAUAUUCACCAUACAUAAGUGUGUGCACAUUUAAUAUUAAUUAUUUAUUUUUGUUUAUAGAGUAACGCUGGAUUUUCAUGUCACUUAUUCAUUGUAUGAGCUGGGUGUACUGUAAUACAGAAAUCGUGUGUUUUUUGCGCACCAUUUUUCAGGUUUUUUUGGAUUUGGUUUGCCAUGAAUUUUUAGAUGGUUUCAGCACUAUAAGCACUGUGUAAAAUUGUUUUAUAAUUAUACGUUUUUUUCUUCUAUUUUGUUUUUACACUUUAUAUUUGCACUUUUUGUUUAAGAAACACUUUACGAUCUUGCACAGUGCCACUUUAUUAGGUUUUUACUAUUUUAUCUGUAAAUUUGCAUCAUAUGUCUUUAUUGAAAGAGGGCCCUUUAAGUCUUAACUUGCAAAUGGCUGAUUUCUGCAGGGCACAAGCUGAGGAAGAUAUCCAUAUUCAACAACAGCAGUAUGAGGAGCGUAUCACAACACUGAAGAAACAGCACUUGGAGGAAUGCAAAGAGACUAAGAGGGCAGCACGGCGAGACAUGGCGGAGGUAAUGGGGAAAGAGGUACUUUAUAGGUCUAACAGAGCAAUAUGGCACAAAUUGAGUUAACGGAAAAUAUGUCUUGAAACUUGAUGUGUAUUUUUUGAUAGUAAGAGAAAAUAAGAAACAAUCUAAACACCAAGACAAUUGUUGCUUAAUGAAGAGGUUUUGGUGUAUAGGUCUCACUGUUCAAUUAUUUGCCAUAUAGGAGUUAAAGGGUUACACCAACCCUUUUUAGCUAUUACUAUUUAUUUAAUGUAGGAUGCUCUAUUGGGCACUAUUCACUAGGUCCCCCUAGUGACUUUGAAGCUUGCUCUUGCAGGCAUGCACCCAAGGCUACCUGCAAGACUUUAAGCUGCCCAGGUUUGUUUCCAGUGAGCUGUGCUCGCUGAUGGCAGUCAUAAUUUUGCACAGAUUUAACAUUGUGCAGUGCAAAGUUCAAGGCUUCUUAAGUCAUGUGUAACUAGCUCCCAGCACAAACCUGCAAAUAUCUCUGUAGGUGCAGCCUUUCAAGCUGAAACACUGCAUAUACAGAUUCUACUACCAUGACCAUUUAAAAAGGCAGAAGUGCUCAUGAGCAAUCCACGGACUCUGAGCUAUGCACAGUGGGGUAUAGGAGAGGAGAGGCGGUCUGCCCUAGUGUGGAUAGUGGGUUUGGUAUGGGAUGUGAAUGUUAUGUCUGUAACGGAUAUGAUUAUUACCUCUGAAAAUCAGCAUGCUAUGUCAAUGCUAACAGUUAAAUAAAGAAUUUUAAUAAAUAAAUAAAUAAAUAAAAAGGCAGAAGUGGUCAUGGUGGUUGGAUUAAUCGUUUAGAUCAUUAUUAGCAUUUAUAAAGGGCCAACGUAUUCUGCAUCGCUUUACAAUUAUAAAAUGGGAAUAUUUAGCAACAAGUAAUUUACAUACAGAAUAUACCACUACAAGAGGUAAAGAAGGCCCUGUUCAAACAAGAUUACCAUCUAUGAAGAAUGGGUAAAGACACAGAAGAAAAAUAACAGCAUGUCAGAGGCGGUAGGGGUUAAUGGAUAAGUGAGCUGGGCUAUGAUGGCAAGGGAAGUGAUGAGGGCAGUAAUAUGAGAGAUACAUCACUCAGGAAGAUGGUAAGCUUUCCUGAAGAGGUCUGUUAUCAGUGACUUCUUAAGGACUGGAGGCUAGGGGAGAGUGUGAUGGCAUAGGGUAACAAAUUCAAAAGAAAUGGGGCAGCUGUUUAUAUAUUUUUUGUAUUUGACCCGUAGAGUGUCCCUUUAAGUUAAAAUCUACCUUUAAUCCAGUGCUGGGCGAAGUUCCUGAAAAUUGUUUCCACGUCCCGUCCGUUUUUAUGCCAUGUUUUAUGCCAUGUUCUCAUAGAGAAGCAUUUAAUUGAACCAUUCUCACAGACUGAGAGCACAUGCACAUGCUCUGAGACCAGCAAGGGACAUUCCAAACGUGGGAUGGAAAGGGUUGUGGGGUCAGAUAGAUGGAUAAAAAAAAACAAUGCUCUCCAUUUCAAUUUGUUGUUACCUACCAGCAUAACAAACAAACCCAAACCCUUGAAAAUCAAAAAAUUUAAGUGGGUUGGAGAUAGACCUAUGAAGGUCACAAUGAUAAAGAAGGGGUUAGGGGUAAUGGUUUAAAGUAUGCCACAUUUGGUAGCUGUGAGGGGGGGGGCAUAAAAAUUGAUUAUUGCCUACGACACAAAGGCCUUGUAUUAUUCACCCAGCAUGUAACAAAGUAUUCAUCUGCCAGUGCUUGAAAGCAUUUAUUUAUUUAUUUAUUUUAUUCCCCAAAGUUAAAGAAAGUUUUAGAUUGUGCUACCGCUAAGUCAGCUGAACUGUCCCGCACAAAUAGAGAGCUCCGGAACAGUAAGUCAGAACAUGAGAAAACGGUGCUGGAUCAAAAGAAUCUGAUACACAGUCUGAGAACCCAGCUAAAAACUCGGCUAGAAAGUAAAGCAGCCCACAGGGAAACUGACAGGGUUCAAGUGAGUAUCCAAUGCAAAUGUAAAGGAGUAAUUUAUAUAAGAACAGAUGUACUGUUUACGCUCAGACACUUCUAUAGUAGCUGAUGAAUGUAUUUGUUAUGCCUCCUUUGCCAUGGAGUAAUGAUUAUGUACUGUUAAGCGUUACAGACAGAGAUGUCGCGAACCGUCCGCGAACUUCUCGCGAACGGUUCGUGGCGAACUCCGGUCAGCUGACACAUCCCGGCCAAUCUCCAGCAGACCCUCCCUCCCAGACCCUCCCACCUCCUGGACAGCAUCCAUGUUAAAGCUGCCUUCAACAUGGAUGCUGUCCAGGAAGUAGGAGGGUCUGGGAGGGAGGGUCUGCUGGAGAUUGGCCGGGAUGUGUCAGCUGACCGGAGUUCGCCGUGAACGGUUUGCGGCGAACCGUUCGCGAGAAGUUCGCGGACGGUUUCGGGACAUCUCUAGUUACAGACAGUAUAGUGUAUAUCUUUUUGUGGCCGAUCACACAUAUAUAAACAGUCAGUUCCUGAAUUUCAUGUCUUGAAAGCAGGAAAAUAUGGGCAAGCGAAAAAAUCUGGGUGACUUUGACAAAGGGCCGAAUUGUGAUGGUUAGACAACUUGGUAAGAGCAUCUCCAAAUUAGCAAGUCUUGUGGGGUGUUCCCGGGAUGCAGUGGUUAGUACCUAUCAAAAGUGGUGCAAGGAAGGACAACCGAUAAACCCCUGUCAGGGUCAUGGUUGCCCAAAGCUUAUUGAUGCACGUGGGAGCAAAGACCAGCCUGUCUGCUCUGAUCACACAGAAGAAUUGCUGUAGCUCGAAUUGAUGAAAAACGUAAUGCUGACCAUGAUAGAAAAGUGUCAGAGCACAUAGUACAACACAGUUUGAUGGUCCCUAUCCACUGCCAAAGCUCCUUCAAUGGGGAUAAGGAAGUAUUUUGCUUGGGUGAAAGUGUGUGGCUAAAGAGACAGAAUUAUGGUGCAACGUUCUGGAAAACAUAUAUAUAUAUAUAUAUAUAUAUUUAUUUAUUUUUAAUGCAAAAACUAUAGAAAUUUGAACGUGCAAAAAAAAAAAUACAGCAUAUUAAUAAGGCCAAAACCUAUCAAAUGCAUUAAAGUAUUAUUGGUGUUCCUUUAACCCCUUAAGGACACAUGACAUGUGUGACAUGUCAUGAUUCCCUUUUAUUCCAGACGUUUGGUCCUUAAGGGGUUAAGUUGGCUACCAUGGUGACCACACUUGGGGUAUUAUAUUUCUUUCAAUCUAGAUUAAUGUUCUUUUGUCUGCUAGUUGCUAGAGGCUGAACUGAAACACAUGAAACAAGUGAAAGCAGAAUUUGAGAAGAGCAAUAAGGAGCAGGUGAGUAAAUUAAAUGGUGAUAUUCAAGGAGUAAAUAUAAAACAGGAAAGUAUUAGCGCUAUUUGAGUGAAGUGUCUUUUAAUUUAUAUAUAAUCUGAAAAGCUGCUAAUCACCGUGAGAAUCUUUUAAACAGAAGUGGUGGAAAACAGUAAGGAAUACCGGUGCAGCGCUUAUGUGUAAAACUGAAUAUGGAAAGUUUUUACCCAAUUUUUUCUUUCUACGUUUGUCAAUAAUUUCUUGUUAACCUUUAGGUAUAGAAAAUAGUAAAUAAAUUUAUGAACAAAUGCCAAAUGGCAACUCACAAUUUUCUGAGCUAUUAAAUCUAGCUCAGAUUUUGGCGCUUUAGGAUCCGUAUAGGCGACCCUCUCCUUUCUUUAAUCCAAUCCUAUAUGGAUACAGGAGGGAGUAUAUAGUGUAGUACUGUUUAUAUUAUAAUAAAUCUAUGUAAAUAGUAGAUAAGGUACUCACAAACCCAGAGCCGAUCUACAGGCUCACUUCAAUGCGCAUAUGUCGUUUAAGGACCACACUCCUUCUUUAGGUUAGCAGGAAAAAGCCAUAAGUGUAUCAAAAAAUAUAUAUAUCAUUUAUUGACUAUAAAACAUAAUUUAUUACACACUAUAAAAAUUCUUAUAAAAAUGUAUGUAUAUAUAGUUAAACACUUAUAAGGCUAAAAAGUCCAAUAGAGUCCAAAAAAGAGUUUUCAGUGCUCACUUCUCCUCCAGAACGCAUUUCGCCAGAUGGCUUCUUCAGCUGGAUAAAUUCUGUGAUCGGUGAAAAAGUGGAGCUAGAACAUUUGAUUGGUUUCCAGUGAGACUUCUUACUUUUACAAAUCAACAUGUUAAUAACCAUUUCUAACAAUUUCCAUAAAGUCCAAUUGACUGCCUAUAGUAGAAGUAUGCCUAACAUGUUGGAAAAAUGGAGCCACCAACAGUAAAGUUUUCAUCCUUUUUCGUCGUCCUAGUCAAAGCUCAUAGAAGAGUUCAUGGCUGAAGUUGAAAGUCUACGCAGAGCUAUAAAAGCAUCUUCACAGAAUGCAGAAGGGACGGCCCUAUGUAGCCAGCUGGAGACAGAGACACAGCUUAGGAAGAAGUUGGAAUAUAAAUGCAAGGUACUUCCUAGUUGGCCUAGUUAGAAAGUAAUGGCUUUCAGGGUUGAGAGCGAUGGCGUACCUAGCACUGUCGCAGCUGUGACCGGGACCGUCACUAUAGGGGUCCGGCCUGGGCCCUGCGGUCGCUGAAUGAUUGGCGGGAGGGAAGCUCUGUACUGUGCUGCUGCCCUACUGCUGGUCUCUCUAAAAGAGCACUUCCUGUCAGACUGGGUACCGCUCGGCCAUGCUACACAGUCAUAAGGUACAGGAAAAGAAUGGGGAGAGAGGGAAUGAGGGCUGGAUGGAGGUCUGAGUGAGAGAUUGAGGGCUGAAUAAGGGGAAGUAAGGGGGCUUGAUGAGGUCAGGAUUGGAGGUGAGGGGGUUUAAUGAGGGCUGGGUAAAGGGGGUUGGUGAGGGGGGUUAUUGAUGGCUAGAUGUAGGGUGAUGGGGGUUAAUGAUGCCUGGAUGGGGGUUGAGGGGGGUUAAUGAGGGCUAGAUGGGGAAUGAGAGGGUUAAUGAUGGCUGGAUGGGGUGUGAUGGGUGCUGGAUGGGGUGGAAGUUAAUGGGGGAUGAGGAGGUUAAUGAGGGCUGGAUAGGGGGUGGGAGUAGGAGUGAGGGCUGGAUGUGGAACGAGGGGGAUUAAAGAAGACUGAAUGGGGCAAAUAAAGGGGUGGAGAAAUUAGACAAAUGGAGUGGCUGGCGGAAGGAGACAAAUGGAGGGGCUGGGGAGGAGCAGAGAAAUUAGACAAAUGAAGUAGCUGACGGGGAGAGAAUGAGACUUGUGCAGGGUCUGGGGGGAAGGGACGGAGACACAUGGAGGGGCAGGGGAGGGAAAUGAGACACAUGGAGGACCUGGGGGAGGAAAUGAAAACACAUGGGGGGGGGAAAUCAAUUUUUGCACCGGGCCCGGUGGUUUCUAGUUACGCCUCUGGUUGAGAGAACUGGUAAAUAUUAGCAUCUGCUUAAACUUUGGGUAUAUUUUCUUUUAGGGCCUUCAACAGAGAGUUCAAGAACUGCAGGAGGAAAAAAACUUAAUUGAGGAAAAACUAAGAAAGGCUAGUGUGGAGUCUGAGCAAGUGAGUAUAUAGUUAUUAUAAUUGUAUUUUUUUUUUUUUUUUUUUUUUAACCAUGGAAACCAGUUGAGUGAUUAUUUUAAAACUUUGCUGAUCUAUUAAAUUGCUGCUACCAGCAAAUAAAAGCAGUACAAUAUUUCCAUAACUCCUCUUACUGUGGAGAUACUUUGUGAAAAAUAUUCUUUAGUCAAAAAACAUCUUGCUCUUACCUAAUAUACAGUCUCAUUACAAUGCCCUUUGACUUAGGAAAUCUAUUUGCAUCAUGGGAAAUAUUUUACUGAAUACAUUAAUACAGAGAAAUACUAGCAUCUCUAUGCACACAGACUCUCCCCAUUAAAUGUAUUUAUGCGCCGCUCACCUAUUAAAGCUGGAGCUUUGGUUAAAUAUAUUUUUAUUCACUAACUGCAAGCCAAAGCACUGGUAGACCUCUGAUGUUUUGUUAUGUAACCUCAGUCUCCACUCCAUGUAUUAGUCAUGAGCCAGUCCCUUUAACUGCUUUUCUUUAGUUGUGUGGACAGGGCACUUGUGUUGGGUGCUUAUGCUCACUAUAUAACUCUUAUUUUUGCUAGUAGGCUGACAUAUACAAUGUAGAACCAUUUCUAAUGCAUAGAAUGGGAAAACAAACUUACUGGAUUUUAAUUGAUUAGUCCUACACACAUCUUCUGUUGCCUUACUGAAUGGACCCUAAACUGAGUGAAAAACCCCUCCAAUUUGCUAUUUUAAUUUACAUAGCACAGAACAGCCUGAUAAUACAAUUUCUGUAUUCACUUAGAUCAGUCGUAACCUGGAGGAAGCUCAUAGUUGGUUUCAGUCCCAGUUUGAGGAACUUCAGCUGGAAAAUCAAGAGAAGAGGCAGCAGGACAUCAAUCAUUCUCCAUUGAAAAGCACACUGGUAAAUUUGUGUAGAAGACACGUGUUUGCUGACUGUCACCUUCUAAGAUUUGUUCUGCUCCAGUUAUUUUUAUUUCUGGUGUACAAUUCCCUCUUUCUAAAUCCAUUUGCUUAGCAUAGGAGCAGGCUAUUAUUUCUGUUCUUGACAAAGUACAUGUAGAACGAAGCCAGUAGAUCACUGGUGCACAGUGUGAAUAUCUCCUGCUUCUAAGUGAGUUAACAUACCUGUUGUCUGUUUGCACUGAAUAUAUUUUAAAAUAUUUGAUAAUUUACGGUUUUAAUGAAGCCGCAGCACUCAUGUACCAGUUUGACAAACUGUAUAUAUACGCUGGCUUGGACCUCCCUAACAAGUCCUACUUGGAAUGGGUCAAUUUUUCAUCAUGAUUAUUUAGCAAGAUAACAUUGUUGCAAUAGUUGAAUAAGAAGGGAAACGAGCAAGUGAUUGAAGCCACGAGUUACUUUUAUUUGUCUAAGGCAUUUUUUUACAUCUCCCAGGUUGAUUCAAGAGGAAACAAUAUGGAAAAUCUGCAACGCUUACCUUAUUCAGCUGUAAGCCAUUUUGAGACCAAAGAGAAGCUGAAACUGAUCUCUAGAAAUUACCAAUCUAAAGAAGCAAACAGCAACCCUACACGGACAGAGUGUGACAUGCCAUCCUAGUAUUGAGCGUUGCUAACAUCUAACGUAGUAAUGAAUCAGGCUUGUUCGAUCCCCAGAACUCUCAGUCCUCAGAAUAUUCACUUUAAGCACUAAACGUAUAUGUUUCUUAAAAGUUUACUAGAAAAUCAAACAGUAAUUUGAUAUAGAUGUGACAUUUUCUGAGUGGUGGAUUAAUGCUGAAAAGCGGUUACAACAUUGGUAUAGAAGCCUUGGAAAAUGGUGCAAAACAAGGUCUACAUAACAUGGUUUAACCUUUGGGUUAAUAGAGCAAUACUGUACUGUGAUACAUCAAUGGAAACCAAUCAUACAGAAAGUUUGCCUCUUUCCAUAUUGUAGAUAGAUAGACAGACAGACAGACAGAUAGAUAGAUAGAGAUGUAUGAAUGAAACCAAGAGGGCUGCACUCACCUGAACAUGCAUACAUCAUAGGGUGCUGCUGGGGCCAAUAUAUACAACAUACAAAAUACAGAAUCCAGCGCACUCACUUAUUCACUAAACAAUGAUUUCAAUCUUAGAGAUUGUAAUAGUUUUAUUUAAAAACACCUCACCUAGGCAAAAAUUAAUAGGGGUUUAUUUACAUUAUAUGAUCAUAUAUUGCAUAAGCCUGCCACAACGUCAAUGUACCCCAUUAUUGGCAGGUCCAACUCUAGCAACCUAAUAUCUGUCCUUAUGAGAUCAAUCCACUUACUUGGGAACUACUUCCUGGGACUCUCUGCAGGUUAAGGCUAAAUAGGGUCCUGGAAUGAGGCACCUGUGACAGGGAGGGGUGCAAAACCAAGGAGUUGGCCUGGACUCCCAAAUAUUUAAAUGAAACUAAGAGGGCUGCACUCAAUUGAACAUGCAUACAUUAUAGAGUGCUGCUGGGACCAACAUAUACAACAAAAUACACAAUCCAGGGCACUCACUUAUUCGCCAAACAAUGAUUUAAAAUCUCACAGAUUGUAAUAGUUUUAUAAAUCAUUGGGGGUUGUUUUUUUUUGUGUGUGUGUGUGUGUGUGUGUGUAUAUAUAUAUAUAUAUAUAUAUAUAUAUAAUGUGGUAUGCUGUCCUGAUGAAAGCUC